CCUAACCAGAUUUCAUGCAAGGGCUAUACGCUUCUUUCGGAUACCGUCAUGUAGGUGAUCGUCUUUGUCGGGUCUGUGCAACAUCGCGGCAUUCGCUGCUUAGGUCAGCAGGGAUGGUCCAUCUCACUCUCAACCGACACUAAUAUGGGCGUCUACCCGAGGUUUUGUCCUAUAUAAAGACCGAGACCCCUCAGCGAGAGACCACCAUAUAUUUGCUUUGGUGUGAUUCAACCUUCUCUCAAGCCCAUCAUUCUGGUCAUUACUUGCCCACCGAGAUCAUUCCCACCAUGGCCGACAGAGUCCAGCAGGUCGUCGAUCUGCCUCCUUGCAACCGGCACAUCGCAACGCAUGAUGCAAAUGGUAAGAGUGUCUACGCUCAAUCACCACCCCAACAAUACAUACCCGUUGAAAAUUUCGGGGGAAUGGCUCGAUCAUAUUCGGUGGCCUCAGUUCCCGCAAAGAUGGCCAACGAUGAAGAUCUAAAGGCAUACAAAAGCAACGACGCCGUCACUAGCUGGGCACAGCCAUCCAUCGUCACCCCGAACGGCGCCAACCUUUUGGUGGUGGACCUGGCUCCUGGUGGUGUGAGCAGCAUGCACCAGACGGUCUCCAUCGACUACUCCAUCUGCGUUAUUGGUGAGAUUGAGCAUGAGCUCGAUAGUGGAGAGGUUGUACUCUUGAAACCAGGAGAUCAUAUUGUACAACGAGGUACAAAUCAUCGAUGGCGUAAUGCUUCCAAGACGAAGCCAGCUCGUUUCGUUGCCGUUACAGUUGCUUGUGAACCCUUUGAAAUCGCGGGCAAGAUGCUGGAGGAGGUCCAUGUCUCUUGAGCAGAAGUAAUUUUGGAACGGUUGAAGUGGCGAGAUGUAGCCAAAUGUCUACUCACUCUUUCGUACAUAUAUACGAGCAGAAUGGGCCUGUUCUUCUUAUCCAAUGCUAUCCUCAUUCUCUGCCUG